CAGUACAGACGUUAUGAAAUGACCCAGUGAAUUCAGUAGUCGUUUGUCAAUUUAUUGAUGCGGUGGUUUGAAUCACGUUUGAAUUUUAGUGCGAAGUUCUUUCUUCCUUUCUUGUUAUCUCUUUAGCUUUAAUAGUGAAAAACAGAAAUAAACUAUUUCAUUGCUCCGUAAACAAGUGAUAAUUGUAUUUUUUGGGAUAAAUCAUGGUUCUAGCAGAACGAAGUAAUGAUGUUCGAAACGGGAAGCGGUCAAGGGGGCCAAGCCCCAAUGGUCAUGGAAGUCCAGAUUCAAGUUCGGAUGAAGAAAAUGUAGUACCGUUUGCAGCCGAAAAGAUUCGGGUUGGUCGGGAUUACCAAGCAGUCUGUCCAGAAUUGGAACCAGUUGAAGCAAGAAGACCAGACUUAAUUUCUGAUAGGGCUCUGCUUGUCUGGUCGCCAACUACUGAGAUAGCUGAUAUCAAAUUGGAUGAAUAUAUUACAACAGCUAAAGAAAAAUAUGGUUAUAAUGGUGAACAAGCUCUUGGUAUGCUCUUCUGGCACAAGCAUGAUCUUAAUCGUGCAUCAUUGGAUCUUGCAAACUUCACACCAUUUCCUGAUGAGUGGACAGUGGAGGACAAGGUGUUAUUUGAACAAGCUUUUCAGUUUCAUGGUAAAAGCUUUCAUCGAAUACGUCAAAUGCUUCCAGAUAAAUCUAUUGCAUCUUUAGUCAAAUACUAUUAUUCAUGGAAGAAAACAAGAGCACGUACUUCCUUAAUGGAUGUUGUUGGUGAAGGGCGAAAUGCUGCAAGCUCAGGGUCUGGAAAAAAAGAGUCUGGGACUACAUCUGAACCUGGCGGCUCAGACAAAGAAUCUGACAAUGAUGAAAAGAAGUGGACUGUCCACCGUGGUAUAGUUCGGGGAGGCAAGUAUGCAGCAAGGAGUGUGGCUUUGCAGCGUGCCAGCCGAACGGGGCCCGCCACCCAGGGCGAGGGCGGCGGCGAGGGCGCGGGCAAGUGGUGCUCCGUGUGCGGCAUUCAGUGCACUCACACCACGCCGCACAACUCCCACAAGUUAUGUCAGGCAUGCCUCGUGCACGCCAGACGCACGGGAACGAUGAGACCAUUGUGCGGGCCCUCGGGCAGACGCGGUCCCGGCUCAAAGCAACAGCGGUUCAAACAUCGGCUACCUCGCGGCAUUUACAUCAAUCACGAUGAUCUCGUCGCGAUGGCGACCGGUCCUCAACCUGGUGAACUUCCGCAGCCCGGGCUUAUCAAUCAGGGCGAAGCCAUACUCAAAUCAAUGGACAGAGAAAUUAUAUCUUUAAAAAGACAAGUACAACAAAACAAGCAGCAAUUGAGCGCCAUGAAACGCAAAGUUGGCGAUACUGGAGUGGAGGAUUACCGUCCUGGCGAGCCUCCUGCCAAGAUAAAUUCACGUUGGACAAAUGACGAAUUACUCAUGGCCGUUACUGCAGUAAGAAAGUACGGAAGGGACUUCCAAGCCAUCGCCGAGACCCUUGGGACCAAGACCGAAGCGCACGUGCGGUCAUUCUUCAUUUCAUACCGACGUCGAUACAACCUGGAUGCGGUCGUACGCGAACACGAGGCGGAGCGUGGGAACACUCAUCACAUUCAAGCUGGUACAACAAGCACCGAGUCUGCGGACACAGCCGACAGCUCCAACGCUAAGAACGGCACGGCGUCACCGACGACUUCUAAAGACGAGAAAACAGAGGUGGAUAGCGAAGGAGUGGCUCUGGGUGCUUCGGCUGAACAGGGCGGUCCUCCCACGACUCCGCCCAAACACAAACCAUCCAAGUGAUCAGCGCCCACCACCACUUUUCCACUACGCGUGAGGAAAUGACAAUUUCCUAAUGGCCUUAACGGUCAGAAUGAUUAAACGUAAAAGACAGAAAAGUGAAACAAUUUAUAAAUUUUUAUGAACAUUCAAAAAUUCCGCUUUGAACAAAAAAAAAAGGUUUAACUUAAUAUUUAUUUACCGUUUUAUUUGAUUUUAAUACAAAAGUGGAGUGUUUUUUUUCAAUAACAUCACUCAAUGUAGAAUUUGGAAAAUUCAUCCAAAAUAAUACAUUAGGAUUUGUUUAAAUAAGAAUGGGAAUGAUAAUCAUUUUGUGACCAUUUGACCAAAUGUCUAAUGGUCACAAAAUGAUUGAAACACAAAUGGUCAUUAAUAUUCCUAAUAUUACUGAAAUUUACAGUAAUAAUAUGUUUUACUGUGACUUUAAUGCAAUGUUAAAGUCUAAAUGGGUAUAAUCAUUCCUAUUACAGUUUUGGAACCACAAUGGAGAAAGACUAAUCUUAUUCUUAUCAUGGUCAUAUUGUAAACAACAUUUAAUAGUUUUUAUUUAGGAAAUGCAAGUAACUAGAUGUUACUAUGUAAAUUUUCAAAAAAAAUAUCUAUAUAACAAUUGAAAAUAAUUUAAAGAUUUUAAACAACUAUAUGUAAAAGUGGUUUAUUGAAAUUCAAUACAUGUACAUGUAUGUUCUAAUAUAAUAUGUAUGAUUAUAGAGACGGUCAUUCGUGUGACUGUAUUAGCUUUCCGUUCGAAUUAAGUAUAAAAAUAAUAAUAAUAAUGCUUUCCAUUAUCUAGUGCCUAAUUCAUAAUUUUAAGUAUGUCAUCAUCUCAAUAAGCAAUAAAUUGUGAUAGCGUACAGAGUAGAAUUAAUAUGAAUGUCGGUUGCGCGAGUAAACACCGUUAUUAUCGGAGGACAUUGACGCAAUAAGCAAUUUCCAUAAUGUGGUAAAUAACAAAACGAUAAUGUAUACUGAUUGGAAAUCGAUGGACUUGUAAAUAUUCGCUUUUAAAUUAAGAUUUUUACUAAAUAUCCAUAAUUGUUGGUAGGUUUUUGAAAUAGUAAUGAACAGUUCAGCAAGAUGAUAAUAUAUUAAAGGGGUUUUCCCGAGAUGCGGUUGGUGCUGGAUUGACAUGUUUUUACCAAUUUUUACAUUUAUAGCUACAACGAAUAAUAGGUAUGUAUAUUACCUAUUUUGUUAUCAUAACAAAAAAAAAAGAAAAACACUGCAUCUAGUUUAAACAUCAGCAAUAACUUGUAAUUAUUAUAUUAGGAUUCACUGACAUUAUUUUUUACUCGUUUAAUAUACUUGCAUGCUUUCCUCUGAUAUAGAGUUAUGUUAACAUUAGAAAAUAAUUGAUUUUCUGCUCUUUUUGGCGGUACAAUGUAAGUAUUUAUUAUAUUAAUUGAUUAUUAGACGAAAUCAACUUUAGCUAAUACUUUAAUGUAUCUUAGUGUGUAAGUACUUGUAUAUUUUCAAAAAUUGUGUCUUUGAAUAAAUAGGCUUUUAUCACAUAUAAUCUAUAAAUUUAGAUUCAAACAAAACUGCAUUUACCUCGAAUUAAAUCAGAAUAUAUGUUAAAUAAAAGUAUGAUGAUAGAUAUUCUUAUAUAUUUACAAACAUAAAAGUGUUAUAACUUCAAAAAUUAUAGCGUGAAAACAGAUUCCUGUAAUAUUAGAUUAGAAUCAAAUAGAUAAAAUAUUUUUGUACUCAGCUCUCAUAGAAAACAGUGUGAUUUUAGGAAAAUGUUUAAGUUUACAGUUACAAUAUUUUGUUUUUAAUAAGAUUAGUGGUAUUUUAUUAUGAUUAGUUAAGGUAUUUAGUGUUUUCGUCUCUAGCGUAAUCUACUAGUUCAUUAGCAUCACGGAUAAAAUGAUUUUAAAUAAUAAAACGGGCCCCAACUUCUGUUACCGAUGUUUUAAGGUUUUGUUAGACUAUUUUAGGUUUAUCUCGUAAUUCCAUUAUAAUUUGCAUAAUUACUGGUGGUAGGACCUCUUGUGAGUCCGCGCGGGUGGGUACCACUACCCUUCCUAUUUCUGCCGUUAAGCAGUAACGCGGUUCGGUUUGAAGGGUGGGGCAGCCGUUGUACUGUUAAAACUGAGACCUUAGUAUUCAUGUCUUGAGGUGGGUGGCGGUAUUUACGUUGUAAAUGUUUAUGGACUCUCCUGUUACCACCUAACAACACUACUCUACUAAUCAAAGCUACAAAAAAAAUUAAAACGAAAAGUUUUCUGUAAAUUCAAAAUAAAAAUUUAUAAGUUUGAGUUUUUCCGUAAUUUUAGAAUUAUCUAACGCAAAAAGAAAAAGAAAAUAAAUUCGAACUAUCUGCCAGAUGUUAUAAUCUUUAUACUGUUCUUUUAUAAAUUUGUUGUCGGACAAGUUUAUGAAAAUAAUUAACUACUCAAAAUUAUGUCGUUGUUAGGUCUUGCUUCUGAGUUUACGUACAUAUUAUUAUGUAGUCCGUCCUCUCGUGUCGUCACAUAUGGGUACGUCACAGCUGAACAUCACGCGAGAUACAUCGGAGUGUUUAAUUCACUCUGUACAUUUAGAAAACGGUGAAUCGUUCUGUUUAAACUGUGCAUGAUAUUGUAGCUUGUAAAUUUUGGCCUCUAAUGACGUCACACGUGGUCAAGUUGCGCUCGACAGCGAUUCGUAAAGUUUACGUGGCAAUUUUUAAUAACGACAACUGUCCGGUUUCGGUACGUGUAGUUAAUUUUAAAAUUAUGUAAAUCCAUAUUAACACGUUGAACGCCACAUGAAACAAAUAAUAGUUUUAAAAAACUAACAAAAUACACUUUUAUAGAAAAUCCAACUAAAAAAUAGAAAAUAAAUUUUAAUAAAUUUGAAUUAAAAAUAGUGUAAGAAAAAAUGAUUUUAUUAUAAAAAAGCUUGGCGUGCAUGGUAUCAGUAGCUAUAAAUAUUUUAUGAACAGAUAUGAGUAGAAGGGUUAUUUUGAUAAUUUAUCCUGAAAAGCACUCCACGCUUUUUUAGAAUAAAAUCAUUUUUUCUUACACUAUUUUUAAUGCAAAUUUAUUUUAUAUUUUUUGGAUUUUCUAUAAAAACGUAUGUUGUUAGUUUUUUUAAACUAUUAUUUAUUUUUCAUUUUUUAGUUGAAUUUAAAUUUUUUAUUUUAUUUUUUAAUAUUGAAUUGUCAUCGGUCCUUAAUAAGUAUACCAAAUUUCGAGUUAAUCCGACGAUUUGAAGGGGGUCAAAAUCAUGUUCAAAGAUUCCGUUACAAACAUACAUACAUACUGUCUGAAGCUAAUAAAAACGUAUUAAAAUCGAGUAUUCUCAUACAGGCUACGGUGCUCACGGGUGAGCCUUAUCUUACUGAACCGCUCGGGCCAUGAGGGUCACUCGUGAGCCGCGUGGCCCUUGAGCCGAAGCGAACGGCGUGGUUUUCAAAUCCAAUAGAAAAUGGUAGUUUUUAUCAAAAUUAUAAUAAUUAAUUUAAUAAUUUAUUUAUUAACCUUGAAAACAUGUACAUAUAACUGUUUGCUAAAAACUCUCCACACUAGGCACUGCCUAUAUAUAGCCUUUUAUAAUAUCUUAAAAACUAGACGGUAAAAGUCGCAAAUUUUUAUCUGCCGUGCUAAUUCAAAAUUCAAAAUCAUUUAUUUCAACUUAGAUGUCAGUAUGACACACUUGUUGAAUGUCAAAAUACAAAUAACAAUGUUAACUCUACCACCAGUUCCAAAAAAAGCCACAGUCCUGAGAAGAACCGGCGAAACAAACUCAGCGGGCUUUUUUUUUGUUUUUUCUCAAAUAUUUUCUUUUUUUUAAAUAAAUAGAAAUAUUCACAAUAAAAGAAAAAACAAGUCAAAAAAUACAAUUAAAAUAAUAAUAAUAAUAAUGAAAAAUGAAAAGGCCAGGAGCGAGCGUCUCAUUCCCCCCACGUAGUGCCAUCUAGUAAAUAAUCCUUAACUUUAUAAUAUGCCUUGUUGCACAAUCGUUCCUUGACAGUUUUCUUGAAUCUAUGAACAGGUAGUAAUUGAACGCAUAAAAAUUAUUAUCGCAUUAUUAUCGCAAAUUAUCGCAUUUUAUAAAUUUUAGAAUGAAAAUCUCAAUUUGAUGAAAAUUACUGAUUCCCUGAUUGAGGCUUGGCCCGAAUGGUAUAGUACGCCAGGCCCACCGGUGGACAGGAUGGCGUUCAACGUGUUAAUAUCAUAAAUAUUAAAGUAACCCUGUCUGUUACUUUGUCAUGUGCAAAGCACAAUGGAUUUUAACGAAAUUCGUUAUAGAAAUAAUUUGAAUUCUGGGGAAGAACAUAAGGCUUCCUUAGGCCCAUUAUUAAGACGCGUUUCUGUACACGCGGCUUUGAGUGUUAUCCACGAGUGCGGAAAGGUAGGUAAUCUAUGAUAUUCGAUAAAAAUAGUGAUUGAUUGGUUUUGCAUAAAAUACUUCCUACAUUUUGUUAUAACUGUCUGUUUGCCUACUGUGAAUGGAUAAUGUGCCAGGAGCGAGUUAUAGUUCUUCUGAAAAUAAUGUAGGUAUAGAAGAACUUAGGGUCGACGGUCCGCCUAAUAUUGCCGCGGGCAAUAAUUUUUAUGUACCUUUUAUUUUUACGUAAUUAUUAUCCGAAAAUUACGAUCGAGUAUUCUCUCAGGGAAUGAUGAUAACCUUGAGGAAUUUACGAACACUGAAUCUUAAGUUUUUUUUUGGAUUUUCACAAGAAAGCGUGUGGAGGAACUUUCCCCAAGUACCCCAAACGAAUAUACUGCAUCAAUGUUAACGGAAAACAACACUCAUUCGGUAUAACAAGCUUGCUUUGUUUUAGACAUGAAUCCCUAAUCAAAAUUCAAGGUUUGUGCAAACGUUAAUAGUAAGGCACUAAGACAUGUGAUACUCCGGUUACCGAAGUUGGUUACACAGUUAAAAUGGGUAACUUUUGAUUCUUUUGAGUUAAUCAUUUCGAUAAAUAAAAGUGUAGAAUAUAUAAAUACUCAAAAUACAAAUGUGCACAAGCGGCUUGGCUACACUCUCGGCGAGCUAUUCCGACUACGAUGCAAAAAAAAACAAUGUAAAAAUAUAGUGGAUCUUUUAAUACCUAAAGGAUCGGAAGUUAUUUAGAUUACUUGAGAGCAUUUGCAAAGUAAUAACAGAAUGACUAAUAAAAAAGCCUUAAUAGUAAUAAUACAAUUAAUAUAAAUAUUUCCAUAAAUCACCCAUUGCUAAUAACAUAACGAACACGACUGAUAAAUAAUAUUUAGGUUACCGAAUGUCUUUUCUUUAUUGUUUUUAUUCAAUGCGUAUAAUUCGAUACAUAAAGUUAAUUGUAUGGGCUUAGUUCAUUUACAAGACUUUCUUUAUUUUCCAUUCAUUAUCUCAAAUAAGUUGUAGUAAAUAAAUCCAAAAUGAUGAAGGAUUCGGUCCAGUUUAAAAUAGAGUUCCUGGGUGAGUGAAAAAUAAAAAAAAAUUAGGUAAAGGAUAAAUGAAUAAAAACAGGCGAUUGUUGUUAAUUCAACACAAUAUUAAUUUUUUCGUUCAUAUACCUAAAGAAGCACUAUCUUGAUCUUUUUGUAAUCAGUCCAAAGAGGUCCAGAGAAUAAGGUCAUCUUAUUUAUUGAUGCUGCCUGUAGCUUGUAGUCUUAUAAAUUACAAAUUAUUUAUUAGGAGUAUUGUGUUCUGUAUAUUAAGUAUGAUAAUCGGUUAAUGAAAUUAUUAAUUUAUGAUUAAGUUAAGACUCAAUUAUUUCUUUCUUAUUAAAAAUGUUUCUUUUCUUAUUAACUAACACGGCUGCGGUUUUUACAAAUAGUGGUUUAAGUAAUAUUUCCGAAUAUUAAUAAGUACGUUUUGAGUUGAAGAAUUAUCAAUAAAGAGAUAGGUACGAAUA